GUAUUAUAUUUUCUAUCAUCACUUUUUGGCAGAGGCAGGGACAGUUUUUAAAAUUUUCCAAAUUGUCAAAGAUUUCUUGCCUUUAUUAAAACAUCCACCUCAACACUUGAUGCAUUUCUGAAAUGCACAAGGUGUUGAUUGUCUAUAUGUGAAGGAAAAAGCAUGGCUUACACUUGUGUCAAGAUUGACCAAAAACCAUUUUUAGUGGCGUUUGAUAAUUUGGUCACAUAUAUCUAUCUCAACUUAGACGUUUAGUUUCAGCUUCAGUGGCACGUUUAAAAUGUUAUUUAUUUAGUACAUACUUAUUCAUGGCAUAAACAAAUCAAAUUUCAAUAAUGAAAUUGGAAAUUUAAAAAAAGACCUGAAUAUCUGAUAUUUGCUGAUCUUCCGUGAAGUAUUUAUACAUUUGCUCUGAAUUCAAUCAUUCAUUCAUUUAUCUUCAGUAACCACUUUAUCCCAGUCAGAGUCGUGCUGGAUCCAGAGCCUAUCCCAAAAAACACGGGGUGUGGGUCCUGGGUGUGAUGUCCGUCCAUCACAGGGCAAUAUACAUUUGUACACUGAAUCACUCCGAUUUAGAGUCACCAAUUCACCUACCGGCAUUUUUCUGAGAGGUGGGAACUCUGGAACCUGGAGCUGUGAGGCAGCAACGUUACCUGCUGCACCAGAUUUACUCACCUUGGCCAAUCAGUAGGCCUUAGGAGAACCCCAGAGACAGGAGAACUAAUGUGCAUGUCUAAUGAAGGAAGCUAGAUGGACAAGAAGAUAUAAAUGAAAGAGCAGAACAUUGUACAAUAUUUACAAACAAGUAACAUGGCAACAGUGUUCCACAAACUAUAUUAAGUAAUAAAAUGUGUAACAAGAAUAAGUCUGUGUAUUCGGAAACAAAGUAUAAUUUUUGGUUAAAACAGGAAAUCCAGUGUUGAUUUGAUGGAUACACAAUAACAUUUUAAUAACUGUGGUACUUUUCCAUUAGAUGAGGGGUUCUCAAACUUUUUCAGCACCCUUGUGUAGGGUGCAUCCCUACUCUGCUUGAUAUCGCUUUGCGUUUGUUUGUAGUUACUGCAGCUAAAGGUGGCACAACCAGAUUUUAGGUUUAAGGGGGCAAUUAGUUUUUCACAUGGGGGAUAGGUGUUGGAUAACUUUUUGUUGUUGUUGCUUUAAUAAAAAUAAAUAAAUAAAAACUGUAUUGUGUGUUUAUUCAGGUUGCCUUUGUUUUAUGUUGUAUUUCGUUUGAAGAUCUAAAACUAUUCAGUGUGAAAUAUACACAAAAACAGAAGAACUCAGCAAAUACUUUUUCACAGCACUGUAUAGGUUAGUAGCUGCACUCUGGAUGAUUUUCAUCCUCAACAGUGAGCAAAAUCACUUUGAACAAAUGUUAUCUUCAAUAAAGAAUGGUAUCAUUGCCUUCCUUAGUUCCAAAGUAAACUAUCCUGGCAAACCAGAACAUAAGGAAGUAGAAUGAAAGAUGAUGCAUGUAAGCAUGGUUAUAUAAAUAAGUGGAGGACCACUAGGCCACCUGGGUCACUUGGGUUGACAAGAAUGUUUAGAGGACAAGAGGAUUUUCUUAGAUACCCAGAUAGAGUCAUGGUUAUGAGGUGAUGAUUUUUAUAUUUGUAGUUGGCAAGGAGCAAGCGCAGAGAAAGAACCCACUCUUGCGGUCCUCCACGUAGGUGUAGAACCAUGGUUACAUAUCUAACCUUUCAUUUGUAUUUUUAUUACAUUAGAAUAUUAACCUAGAACCAACAUAGGCUGGGUUAUCCUUUGCUAGUCUGCUAACUGAAAACCUUGCUAGCUUGCUAACAACCAACACGGUGUACUGUAGUUAGCAGCCAGCUUUGUUUAUACACAUGACUUACACUAAUACCCCUAAACUGAUUUGGAGAAACUGUUCUUACAAAGUAAAUAAUUUGCUCCAGGGUUUUCUCUUUUCUUUGAGACUAUGAUUAUCCAUCCAUCUUCUAUACCGCUUUAUCCUUUUCAGUGUCACGGGGAACCUGGAGCCUAUCCCAGGGAGCAUCGGGCACAAGGCAGGGUACACCCUGGACAGGGUGCCAAUCCAUCACAGGGCACACAAUCACAUACACAUUCACACACACUUUGGACAUGCCAAUCAGCCCACCAUGCAUGUCUUUGGACUGGGGGAGGAAACCGGAGUACCCGCAGCACGGGAAAACAUGCAAACUCUGCACACACAGGGCCACGGUGAGAAUCGAACCUCCUAGAGGUGUGAGGCGAACGUGCUAACCACUAAGCCACCGUGCGCCCACGACUAUGAUUAUACGGGUAAAAGGAUAAAGGUGCAUUAGGUAAGAUGUGUCACAAUUUGGCAAGAUUAGGUCUCUAACGGUUAAAUAGGUGGAGCUAAAUCAGAUUUUAAUUAUUUUUAAUUAUUCAUAAUUGUUUUUUCUGUUUCCUCAAGUGUACACAAAGCUCCACUCCCAGAAGCAAGAUGUUUCAACUAGCGUUAGCAUGCUACCCAGAAUCAGGACUGUCAUGAUAUAAUUUUCAAGCACACUCAAGUUAUAACACUAUAAACAAGCGAAAUAUGGUUCAUAAUAAUUUAUGAGGUUGUUCACCAGUGUAGUCACUGUACAUUUAUCUUUGUAAAGGAAAUAAAAAGUAUUUCCUUGAUUCAUUAUGUAAAGCUGGCCAUUCAAACAAUUCAAAGAUUUAUACAGAUGCCGUUACAUACCUGUCCAGAAGCAACGUCACUAAUUCUGCAUUUUCCAUCAUGGAAAAGUCAUGCCAAUUAUUCUGGUUUUACUGCAUUUCUUGACAUUAAGCUUUUUUCACAUGGGAGAAUUAUCACCAGUUUGAGACGGAGAAGGGGUGGACUGAAAUGACAUUGGGAUAUGUCUAUAAAAUGUCCAAACACAAACCACCAUUCCAGAUUCUUCAGCUAUGUAAAACUCUUGUGCUUAUGUGGCCAUGGUUUAAACGAUAUCUUAUAGAAAUAAGAAAUUGGAUUGUUCUACCUUUAAAUGGACUCCCAAACCUCAGAAGACCAACAUAAUGACUUAUGUCAGGCUUAUUUAUAAGUGGGUUGUGGCAGAGCUAUAAAUCUGGCACAGAACUGUAUUUUAGAUAAACUAUCUGAUAAGUUAAGAUGAUAUAAUCAAGGCCUUCUGUUUAGACGACAAUAUUGGACUUAUUUCUUUAAGCAUAGAUGUUAUUGUUAAACAUUGCUGGAAUGUUCAAUAAAAGUACAGAGAUUGUAAGGCAGGUCAAGGGCACAGAUUCUGAAGGACUCUAAUCUAAUCUUUGUCUCUUACAAAGAUAUUUUUAUAGGGUUAUUAAAAACUGAAGUCUUGAACGACAAUCACAUUGUAGUGUCUGUUCAAAAGUACUGAACUGAAAGGACCGACAAAUCGUACACUCUGUUCCUGAGAUUGCUUGCAAUGUUGCAGUGUUAUUACACAGACUGAAAAAAAAAUUUGCAAUAAAAUUACAACGAAUUAAAUAAAUGGUUUACAUGUAUAUAAAUGUAGGUCAAUAAAAUUGCCCAAGGUUGCGUCUUGCCCAUGUGAAAAUGAAACAUACUUAAAUGCACAAAUAGUCUACUUCAAUUAUGUAAAGAAUAUUCAAAGUGCAUUUUUCAUUUCAUUUACUUUCUGGAAAUACACUUAAAAAUAUACUUUUCUGUAUUUUUCAAAAUUUUUUUUUUUUUUUUUUUUGUAGUACCUUUCAUAUUGGGAUUUGAGUAUGCAAUAAGGAGGUACACUUGUAUUUCUUAAAUGAAAUGUAUUUCUAAACGUAUUUCUUAGUAUACUGAAGCAUACUUAAGCUAAAGUAUAUUUAAUUGUCAUGUCGACUUAAGUGCAUCAUUUAAAAGUGUACUUUAACACAAUGCCUUUUAAAGUAUGCUUUAAUAUAACUUUCAGUAAAUGUACUUUUUAUAUACUGAAAUAUGUGUACUUAAACAAAAGUAUAUUUCAUUAUCUUGUCGACUUAAGUGUAAUAUUUAAAAACACUUACACUGUGAUUUAGUGCAUAAAAGAGGUGCACGUCAAUGAUGUUAUUACGCACUAAAGCAAGAGGUCAUCAACUGGUGGACUGCAAUCAUAUUAAGCUUGCUGUGUUAGUAAAGGGUAUUUUUUAUAUCCGAGGGAUACUAGUUCAUGCUUUAAUAAAUGUAUUCUUUGACAUUUCUUUUUGUUUUUUGAGGAUUUACCGUAUCUGGUAUCACUGUAUUCACUGACUGAUUGACUGAAUUUCUUUAAAAAACUUGUUUAGUGGACAUCCACAGUUUUUAACUAAAUGUGAUUGGAUGCUAUUAUUGUGAUAUACACGAGUAAAUAUUGAUGUACCUCAGUGCAUUUUAGUUACGAUAUAUAACUUACCAUUGCCUGUCUUGGUUGUUGUUUUUGCCUUACCCUCUGGAUUUCAUGCUCUUCAAUAAAGCUCUCCUCAACCUCAUUACAUGACAGUCAUAAAUACUGUUGCAUUAAACUGUGUAGAAAAUGUCAACUCUUUAAGUGUUACUCUUUAUACACUUAAAUAAAAAUUUUCCUUGGGACUAUUUUAAUGGUGGUGAAUGUGACUGGACAUAAACUUUUGAGUACUGGCCUGUCCUCAGCUAGUUCUAAGUGUUCUUUCCAUGUCUUCUCUCUCUUUCUCAGUCCACUCAUUCAGUCCAUGUGGUAUCAGGUGUCUCAGUCAAAGAGGUAUUGUGUGGAUGUGCACUCUUCAUCUCCAGCUAGUCGUAGCCACUCUCCUCCCCAUUCUUCCUCACAUGUUCCAAUCACGAACAAGACUCAAAGUGAGCAGUGUAAACUCCACCUUUUUUAUGAAAAGGAGGAUGGAUCAGAACGAAGGACAUGACAAACCUGUACAUGUUCAGCGCAUUAAUGUGCAGAAUUGAAUGGAGUCUGCUCUAAGAUUCAUCUGCAGUCAUUCAUAAAAGGCUUAUUUCUGGACUUUUAACCAUAACAUAGACAUUUCAUCUCUCACAGAUUUAACAGACUUGAUGGAUAAAAUGGACAAUGGUGGCAUCACAGAUAAAACAGAUUCCAAAAACAAGCUGAACAUGGAAAUGAAAGCUACUGUUCUACAAAAAGAUGUGGGUCUAGUAAGUGGGAUCUGCUUGAUUGUGGGGACAAUGAUUGGCUCAGGAAUCUUCAUCUCCCCCAAGGCUGUGCUGGAGGAAACAGGAGCAGUGGGACCAUGCCUGUGUUUGUGGGCAGCAUGUGGUGUGCUAGCUACUCUUGGGGCUCUUUGCUAUGCAGAGCUUGGCACCAUGAUAGUAAAGUCAGGUGGUGAGUACCCAUACCUGAUGGAGGGUUUUGGACCCAUUCCUGCCUACCUUUACUCCUGGACAACCAUCUUAAUACUGAAGCCUUCAUCAUUGGCCAUCCUUGCCCUCAGCUGUGGAGAAUAUGCCUCUACACCUUUUUACCCAGGGUGCACCCCGCCUGUGAUUGUCAGCAAAUGCCUGGCUGCUGUUGCCAUCUUGUUGCUUACAGUUGUGAACUGCUUAAGUGUGAAGCUGUCUAACUUUGUGCAGAAUUUCUUCACUACAGCGAAACUCCUCAUCAUUGUCAUUAUAGUGGUUGCAGGCAUCGUUAUGAUGGCCAAAGGAAACACACAGAAUCUGCAAAAUGCAUUUGAAGGAGGAACAACUUCAUUUGGGGCAAUCGGACUUGCAUUUUACAACGGUCUUUGGGCGUAUGAUGGAUGGAAUCAACUGAACUUCAUUACAGAAGAGCUGAAAGACCCAUAUAGGAACCUUCCCUUGGCCAUCGUUAUCGGGAUUCCUUUAGUGUCAGUGUGCUAUGUGAUGGUCAAUAUUGCAUACUUCAGUGUCAUGACACCUACAGAACUACUUCAGUCUUCUGCUGUUGCUGUGACUUUUGGGGACAGAGUGCUGUACCCACUGUCAUGGGUGGUGCCGUUGUUUGUGGUCUUCUCCACUUUCGGAGCUGCUAAUGGAAGCUGCUUUACAGCUGGAAGGCUGACAUAUGUGGCUGGACGUGAAGGACACAUGGUGAAGAUUCUUUCCUAUAUCAGUCUGAAAUAUUAUACCCCUGCACCAGCACUCAUCUUUAAUGCACUUUUGAGUGUCUGCUAUGUAAUUCCAGCAGAUAUCAACUCUCUCAUUAACUACUUCAGCUUUGCUCAAUGGGCUUUCUAUGGGCUUACUGCCUUGUCUCUCAUCGUCAUGCGCUUCACAAAAAAAGAGUUGCACAGACCUGUGAAGGUGCCCAUAGUUAUACCUGCUGUGGUGGUGGUUGUAUCCUGUUACCUGGUUUUGGCUCCAAUCAUUGAAAAACCUGAGCUUGAGUACCUGUACUGCACAGUGUUCAUCGUGGGUGGACUGAUUACUUACUUUCCCUUUGUGUACUACAACUUCAGCUGGACCCGCAGAAUCAUGACUCCCCUCACCAUGCAUCUUCAGCUGCUAAUGGAAGUUGUACCACCAGAGAAGACAGAGUGAAGAAUAUCAUCAAUAAACGGACCAGAUACAAUCAUCUGAUGAUAUUUUUUAACUUAUGAUUAUGUUUCAGAAUUUUAAAAGGGAACCAUUAAAAAAGGUUAAGAGUUAAAAGUUAAAGGGUAACUACCAGGCCAUUUUCCUGAUUAGACUCAUGGGUCUUGUCAAUCUUUUAAUAAAUUUGUGUUUGCAUAGGCGAAACUGAAUUUAAUUUUCCACCAGAUUAACAAAAGCCUCAGAGACUGAUUUUCUUCGUACUCGGGCAUAUGUUGAUCGACAUAAUGCGCAAAGUACAUUACAGGCACAGCUCAUUUGCAUGUAGUGAUGCUCAUAAAACUCCAUAAAAUGGAGGUUAGGCAGACAGACCGGCCUAACCUCUGCUUAUACUGUUGCAUUUCUUUUGUCAUAAUUGAAUGACGUUUUAUUUGUUUUAAUUUAUGGGCUUGUGUUUCUUUAUUUUCCAUAUUUAAUUAAUACCAAUAAUAUAAAACGACUGGUUUUCACAUUUUUUUUCUCAAUGGUACUCUUCAUCCAUGUCUUUGUGAACUAGCAUGAGGAUGUGUUUUUGAUAGAGAAGCUCUUCUUUAAGUGGCUCUGGAUAAGGACAUCUGCUAAAUGCUGUAAACACAAUAAAAAAAUAAGCAAUUCCAAUAAUAAGCAAUUGGCAGCGUAGUCAAUAUAUAAAAGUGCUGUAAUUGAUGCAAAUUAUACGAUUUGAAGUCAAGUUGAGGUUAGUUAGUCUUCCUAUGUGAACAUUUAAGUAGCAUACAAAUGUUUUUUGUUUUUUUUUCCAAAAUAACAGGAUUUUCAUUAAAUGUGAAAUCUCCUGGAGAAUUUGAACGUAUGUGAAUGAUUGACAAAUAAACUCGUUUGUAUCCAGCUUUAUAAUUGAGGCCAAUUGAUCUAAAGAUCUAAAUGUUCGCUACCACCUGCAGGCUAUACAUGUUAUAUGUAUAAAUAUUACACAGAUUGUUGUAAAUACCUUAUUAAAACUAUACAUUUCGAGGUC